UAUAUAAUAAGAUGGUCGCGAUUCACUCAUCGCGAAACUCAAAAUGAAGAUCUUCGACGCACAGGACGAGUAUACCAAGACUAAGGAGUUAAGGUUGGAAGAUGUAAGGGCGCUGCAGGAGUGGGUUGCCAAGCAACCGCACAUGCCAUCAAUUUCAGAGAGCCUACUGAUCGCUUUCUUCCAAAGUUGCUAUUGGAGCAUGGAACAGACUAAAGCCGCCAUUGAAAAGUUCGUGACGUGGCGAGCCGCCUGGCCCGAUUUCUUUGCGAACCUGGAUCUUCCCCAUCUAAGAUCCGCGAUUGAUCAAAACCUAGCAACUGUGUUACCAAUUCCGUCUAAGGAAGGGUACAAGCUUUUCUACCAUAAACUAAUGAUCCCAGACUCUGCUAGGUAUACUCCAGCGGAACUGAUAAAACUGGCAGAUAUGGUUCUUGUACAGGACGUAAUGGAAAAGGGCCCAUAUGGCGGUUUGAUAAUGGUUUCCGAUUUAACCGAUUAUGAUGCAGCGCAUAUCCUCAAAGUGCGGGUCGCAGAGUCGAGACGGUGCCUGAAAUAUCUGCAGGACGCCGUACCACUUAGGCUUAAAGCUUUACACUGUGUCGUAUCAGGAAAAGUCCUCGAGAUAUUAAUUCCGUUGAUAAAACCAUUUCUGAACAGAACACUCCUAGGGAAGUUACACUUUCACCACUCGUACGAGGCAUUAUUCAAACGUAUUCCCCAGGACGCGUUUCCUAAAGAAAUUGGUGGGAAGCAACCCAGUCUUAAGGAAUUGCACGAGAAUAUGAAGAUAGCUCUGGUUGAGAACGUGGACUUCUUCAAAGACGUGGAGAAACUCAUUGCCAACGACGCGCUACGGGAUCGGAGUAAUCUAUCGGUUGAUUCAGAGUUGGGGGUUGGAGCGCAGGGCUCGUUUAGAAAAUGUAAUGUUGAGUAGCCGACAUUUUUAAUUUUGAGAUAUCAAUAGUGUAGCAUGUAGGUAAUUCCAAAUGUAUAAAUACACGUACUUUAGUUUUC